GAUUACAUGAUUUUCUAGGAAAGACAUGGUUUAAUUUGCACCUUCCUGUGUGUUUCGUUUCUACCUUAUUACAUAUAUAAAUACAUCUCAGUCUUUCAAUAUGUAGAGAAAAGAAAACCUAGCUGAAUUAAUGCAAUGGGCAACAUCUUAGGUAACAACAGAAACCGUGAGCCUCAAAAUUCUAGGAAUGAAAUAAUCUCUUCGCCCAAUUUUCCAACUCAGAAACCUGUCCCAUUACCACUUCCACCAGAAAUUAUUUCUGGACAAUGUUCAAACACUAAGCAACCUUCCAAGAAGUAUGCUUUGAUUCAUGAUAAUUUCACUACUCUUGAACAGGUUAUUGGGGCACUGAGGAAAGAAGGUUUAGAGUCAUCAAAUCUCAUCCUUGGAAUUGAUUUUACAAAGAGUAAUGAAUGGACUGGCCAAAUCUCAUUCAAUAAGAAAAGCCUGCAUGCAAUUGGAGAUACACUAAACCCCUAUGAGAAGGCCAUAUCAAUUGUUGGCAAGACUUUGGCUCCCUUUGAUGAAGACAACUUGAUUCCAUGCUUUGGAUUUGGUGAUGCUACCACACAUGAUCAAGAAGUAUUCAGCUUUCAUAGUGAUCAUUCACCUUGCCAUGGAUUUGAUGAAGUUUUGGCUUGCUACAAAAGAAUAGUUCCAAAUUUGAAACUCUCAGGACCAACUUCAUAUGCACCGGUGAUUGAGGCUGCAAUAGACAUAGUCGAGAAAAGUCAUGGCCAAUUCCAUGUGUUGGUUAUCAUUGCAGAUGGUCAGGUUACAAGAAGUGUAGACUAUGGCGAUAAUGAACUCAGUCCUCAAGAAGAGAAAACGAUCAAAGCAAUUGCUGAUGCAAGUAAAUAUCCACUUGCUAUAGUUCUGGUCGGAGUUGGUGAUGGACCUUGGGAAGACAUGGAAAAGUUUGAUGACAAAAUUCAGACACGCGAUUUUGACAAUUUUCAGUUUGUUAACUUCACAAAAAUAAUGUCUAAGAACACAAGCGCAGCCGAAAAAGAAGCAGCUUUUGCUGUUAACGCUCUCAUGGAGAUCCCCUUCCAAUACAAAGCAUGUGUUGAAUUUCGAAAACUUGGACAUGUAAUCGGAAGAGCAAAUAGAAUAGUUCCAAAACCAUCUCCUGUUCCUUACUCUCGGCCUGCACAUAGCAAUUCAACAACAGAUGACCAAAAUCAAUCUGCCUGCUGCCCUGUUUGUCUGACCAAUGCAAAGGAUUUGGCAUUUGGAUGUGGGCACAUGACUUGCAGGGAUUGUGGAUCAAGGUUAAGACAUUGUCACAAUAUGUCGACACAGGAUCACUAGUCGGCUUAGAGUGUACAGUGGCUUAUAAUUGUAGGGAUGAGCAGGCACUCUUAAUCCAAUUUUCCUUAAUUUGAUUGUACUUUUAAAAAAUUCAGAUUCUUUAUCAUUUUAUAUUUUCAAGGCACUAUUAAUCCAAUUUUCCUUUAAAAGUAA